CCUUCUGUUUGUUGGAUCAUUUUGUCCUGUCUUGUCUUCUAGUAUCGUCUCAUCUCAUCUCUGCUUUCCCUUUUUCCUUGGCUGAAUUAGAUCAAAAUAUUAGUAAUAAUAAGCUUUCUCCCGUUUCUUUCUUUUCUUCCAUGAAUCUUUGAGGUUUUUUUUUUGAUAUUUCUGACACCCAAAUGGCGAUUGAAGAUGACGCUGAGAGCUGCGGGAGUAGAGCUGUGGACUCGCUUGUCCAUGUGAAUCCUCGACAUCACAGGCAAAAGCUUGACGUUUUCCACCAGGUGCUUAACCGUAUCCGUCACUCUAAUUAUGCCGAAGCUAAUCUGCCUGGCUUUGAUAAUCACCUCUGGCUUCAUUUCAAUCGACUUCCUGCUCGAUAUGCAUUAGACGUGAAUGUGGAGCGGGCAGAAGAUGUGCUCACACAUAAAAGAUUACUGCAUUUGGCAGAAGACCCCGCUAAUCGUCCUGCUUUUGAAGUUCGUAUGGUUCAGGUCUAUCCUGUCUUCCCCGCACAAUCUAUUGACUCAGUUCAUUCUGAUUCUUCUAUGCAAGAAGAUGCACAAAGUGCUUAUCAUUCAUAUAGACAAGGCAUCCACCCACCUCCCACAUUUGGUUCGUCUUCUAAUCUUGAAGCUCUUGCUCUUCAAGCAAGAAGAUAUCAUGUUGAAGAUGGAGGAAGUGCUGUCAAUUCAACCUCAGGUCCUUUCCGGCCCAUGCACGAGAUCACCUUUUCAACAGUUGACCGGCCAAAACUCCUUAGUCAGCUUACUUCUUUACUUGCGGAGAUUGGAUUGAACAUUCAAGAAGCUCAUGCUUUUUCCACUACUGAUGGGUACUCUUUGGAUGUUUUUGUUGUUGAUGGUUGGCCUUCUGAGGAAAUUGAGGAGCUCAAAAAUGCAUUGGAGAAGGAAAUUUUGAAGUCGAAGCUGCAGGAACAAUCUUAUUCUAGAAAGAGUUCAGUUAUGACUGAGCAUGUCAAAGAAAGGGUUGUCUCCUUACCUAGUUGUGUUGAAAUCCCUACUGAUGGAACUGAUGUCUGGGAAAUUGAUGCCAGGCAGCUCAAAAUAGAAAACAGGAUUGCAUCUGGGUCAUAUGCUGAUCUGUACAGAGGCACGUAUUGUAGUCAAGAAGUGGCUAUUAAAGUCCUCAAGCCUGAGCAGAUCACAAGAGAAAUGCUGAGAGAGUUUAGUCAGGAAGUUUAUAUUAUGAGGAAAAUUCGGCAUAAGAAUGUUGUUCAAUUCAUUGGCGCAUGUACAAGAUCUCCAAAUCUGUGCAUUGUGACUGAGUUCAUGGCCAGAGGUAGCAUAUAUGACUAUCUGCAUAAGCAAAGGGGAGUGUUUAAAUUGCCAUCUUUACUCAAAGUAGCCCUUGAUUUUUCCAAGGGAAUGAACUAUUUGCAUCAAAACAACAUCAUCCAUAGGGACUUGAAAACUGCCAAUCUUCUGAUGGAUGAAAAUCAAGUUGUUAAAGUUGCUGAUUUUGGAGUUGCUAGAGUGCAGUCUCAAUCAGGAGUGAUGACAGCUGAAACUGGAACAUACCGCUGGAUGGCCCCUGAGGUUAUUGAGCACAAACCAUACGAUCACAAGGCAGAUGUUUUUAGCUUUGGAAUAUCACUCUGGGAGCUACUGACAGGAGAACUCCCAUAUGGUCUCCUAACUCCAUUACAAGCAGCCGUUGCGGUGGUGCAAAAGAGUCUACGCCCGACAAUCCCCAAGCAUACUCACCCAAGACUAAGGGAACUGCUUGAGAGAUGCUGGCUGCAGGACCCAAGCCAAAGACCUAACUUUUCUGAAAUUAUAGAUAUCCUUAAACAAAUAGCUAAAGAGGUUGCAGAUGAGGGGGAAGAUGGGUGCAACAUCAAGUCUUCUGAUGCUUUCUUCUCCGCCGUGAAGAGGAGGAUGCUGUGAAUUACACGUGUUGUCUCACUGCAUGCAUACAUGCAUUUCUUUUUUUUCUUUCUUUCUUCCUUUUUUUUUUGUUGGGGGGGGGGGGGGAUGUACAGCAUUAUGCAUGAUGAGAGGGAUUAUCCAGUUUUUGUAACUCUUGUUACCGUUUCCUUCAAAUCCGUUUUUAAGUGUUACAAUUGCUAUCUCCCCCCUUGUUUCCUCUCACUCUCUCCUAUAGAAGGUUUUCUAAUAAGGGAAAUGGAUAAGGAUUAUUCAAGAAUUAAUCCGAAAACCAAAUUUGAUAUUAAGUUUCUUGUCACUCAUGAUUCAAGUGUUUUUCACAUGCAAUGAGAUAAAGAAAAAGUUAUAUUGAAAAAAAGUUACAUUCA